UGUAAAAGGCAGGUACCGGCGGCCGUGCGGCCUCGCUUUCCGCAGCGUUUGUCGGCAGAGGCGGCAGCAUGGUUCCGGGCUGUGGCAGCUCGCUCCGCUUCUUCAGCGCCAGCGUGGUCAGGGUCUGCCGCCUGCACACCAGCGCCCCGAGAAAUGAGGCUGUGGUCAUCUCGGGGAGAAGGCUUGCAAGGCAGAUCCGAGGAGAGGCGAAGCUUGACGUGGAACGCUGGGUUGCUGAUGGGAACAGGAGGCCACAUCUCAGUGUUGUCCUGGUCGGAGACAACCCAGCCAGCCACUCCUACGUGAAAAACAAAACCAAAGCUGCUGCUGAUGUGGGUAUCACAAGUGAGACCAUUCUGAAGCCAGCUAGCAUCACUGAGGAAGAGCUGCUGGAGUUAAUUAACAAGCUCAACAAUGAUAAUAAAGUUGAUGGGUUGCUUGUCCAGCUUCCUUUACCCGAACACCUCAAUGAGCGCAAGAUCUGUAAUGCCGUGUCUCCCACUAAAGACGUGGACGGGUUUCAUGUGAUCAACGUUGGCCGCAUGUGCCUUGACCAGAGCUCCAUGCUGCCGGCAACGCCCUGGGGAGUCUGGGAAAUAAUCCAACGAACAGGAAUUCCAACUCUAGGGAAGAAUGUGGUUGUUGCUGGGCGGUCAAAAAACGUCGGAAUGCCCAUCGCCAUGCUCCUGCACACAGACGGCACACACGAGAGACCCGGAGGAGAUGCUACAGUGACUAUCUCUCAUCGCUACACACCAAAAGACCAGCUGAGGGAGCACACUAAGCUCGCUGACAUUAUUGUGGCUGCAGCAGGUAUCCCCAACCUGAUUACAGCUGACAUGAUUAAAGAAGGAGCUGCUGUCAUUGAUGUUGGCAUCAACCGUGUCCAGGACCCGGUCACUGGGAAACCCAGGCUUGUGGGUGAUGUUGAUUUUGAAGGGGUAAAGAAGAAGGCCAGUUUUAUAACACCAGUGCCAGGCGGAGUUGGCCCAAUGACUGUCGCCAUGCUAAUGAAGAACACCAUCAUUGCAGCCAAGAAGCUUCUGAAGCAGCGGGAGAACUGAAUAAAUUGUCACCCUGCACUGGAGCAGCGGAAGUGGCCCAGAGCCCUGCCAAACAUUCCAAUGUACUGUUUACACCUCCCCAUACCAAAGGCUGAGAGCUGAACAGUUAUUUAUCGCACUGUCCUUGAAGCAACUGGGUUUUCCUGUUUGCAUUGAAUGUAAUUUAUUUGGGAGGACCUUAGUUAAGAGACUAAGGAAUGUGCAAUUUUAUAAGUUUGUUACUAAGCAGCUUCCCACACCCACGCCAUUCUGUCAGUUGUUCAGUAUAUGUAAAUGAUACAAAAAAAGCUUAUUUUAUUGCCAAGUUGUUUGAAGUUGCAGUGAGGAGACCAAAGUGGAGAGAGGAUUCCAGUGUGCAAAGGUGGUGUUUUGAAGGAUUUUGUGAAGGAAAUCCAGCAGAAGUCUUGCUGUGUAGUCUUUAGACUACUUGGGGGAAUAUUGUAAAGUACAGAAUAGCACGAAGUGAUUAACUUCGGGAGUAAAGUUACCUUUGCCACUUGGCAGUAACCUGCUAUGGUGCACCUGGAGGGGAAGCAAACUGAAUUUGUUUAGAUAGUUUUGAUCCUGAGCUCGAUGCAGAUGUACUAACUGCCUGUGCCAAUCCUGAAAAUGCAGCACUUGAGGUUGGUGAUUAAUGUGUUAACACAGCAGCACACGUUGGAAUUGGAGCUUCUAAUAUCGGCUGAGUGCCAGCUGAAGAUCUGACAGCUCUCCUCCCCUAUCCAAGUAUCAGCUGGUGGCUACUCAAAGCCUGCUGUCUGUAUACUUUGUGUGAGGUGAGGAAACAAAAGCUAAGCUCUGUUCCAGAAGCAGUUCGUAAUAAAUGUUGGCAUAAUAAGGAAUGGUUGUCUUGUGUUUCAUGAGUUCCAAGACAAUGUGGUGGUGGGUUUGAUGUCACACCCUGGAAACAAGGUGGAUCUAUGGUCCACCUGAACAGGAUUCACUUGGCUGAAUGAUGUCACAAUAACUUGAUCGAUAUUUGCAAGAAGCUAAAUCUUCAGGGUCACCUUAGCUAGUUUGACGGUCAAUUUGCAGGGUCUGCAUUUUAUUGUAAUGAUGGAGCAACUUGUCCAUGAGUUGCUGUACGCUCCAGUAGAACCUGAAUUUCAUUGCGUUGCCAUAUGUUCAAAUAUUGGCAAAGCAUAAUGUAUGAUGUGCCCUGUUUGUUGCAGGAAUGCAGUGAGCUGUGCAAUAAAGCUGUUAAAUGUUCAAAAGUAAA